AUGUCUGCGAACCCAGAGGCUGAGAAUGCUAGCCAGCCUGUGGAAGCAAUUUCAAUUGCUAUUGAGUUCACAGGCGGGCUAGAGAUUCUAUUCGAGAACAAACGCAAACUCCAACUUUCAAUCCCAGCUAAACGAGAAGAUGGAACGCCAACGAACAUUUCAUGGUUGAUUCACUAUCUUGUCGAACACGAAAUGAGAGACAAAAGAAAAGAACUCUUCGUUCUCGAAGACCAUGUACGACCAGGCAUACUUGUCUUGAUCAACGACGCAGACUGGGAACUCGAAGGCGAAGAGGCUUACGAAAUACAGCCGGGAGACAAUAUUCUAUUUGUGUCGACACUACAUGGAGGGUAA